UAUAACUUUGUGAUAUAUCAUAUCAUAGAAGAAAAAUGAGCCUCCAAGGAAAGUUAGUUUCUGAGAUGGAAAUUAAGUGUGAUGGAGAUAUUUUUUAUGAAGUAUAUAGGCACAGGCCACACCAUAUCUCCACCAUGUCCCCUAAUAACAUACAAAAUGUGGAUGUUCACGAAGGUGAAUGGGGCACAGUUGACUCUGUUAUCUUUUGGAAUUUCAUCCAUGAUGGGAAAGAAGUGGUGGCAAAGGAGAAAGUGGAAGAAAUAGAUGAAGAAAAGAAGCUAAUUAAAAAAAAGAUAAUUGAAGGAGAUAUAUUGGAGUAUUACAAAUCAUUUUACAUCACUGUUCAUGUUGAGACAAAGGGUGAAAAUAAUUUAGUUACUUUGAUCAUAGAAUAUGAGAAGAAAAAUGCUAAUGUGUCAGAUCCACACACAUUCAUGGAAUUACUCCUCAAUGUAACCAAAGAUAUUGAGAAUUACCACAUCAAGUGAUACAUAAAUAUUAUACACAAGGAUUCUUUGAAAAUGUCAACAAGUAUAUGUCAAUUUUUUUUAAAAUAAUGUAUUUUGAAGAAAUCGAUAUGAAUACGAUAACAUUUUUGAAUAGUUGAAACAAUGUAUAUCAAAUGCUUGGAUUUAAGCUGUUGUCUCAAAGUCUUGUAAUAAUAUGUGUUGUUAUUAGCGGGUGUGCUUUGAAAUGUCUUGUAACAAAAAUAAAACGAGCGGAUAUCUAAUUUUUAUAGAUAAAUAAAAAAUAAAAGUUGUUAUUUGAA